AUGCAAACGUCAGAACAUUCACCACCAGUCUCAGCAUGGGUGGAUUCUUUGCGUCAUGAGGUGGAGGCUGGCCCUCAUCCCCAACUUCCAGACUUCGACCCUUUUGACAUAGAGAGCUUCCUACCAGACAAUGAUGGUCUAUUUGCAGACGACCUGGGCGCACUGUCUACCGGCGACUCUAGUCAUGGCUCUUCCACAUUUGAUCCGUCGUUCCAGGUUCCGUUAGAUGGCAUUUAUUCCUCCGCCAACUUCCAAGAGGAUGCUGCCUUCCUACGAGCUGCACAAUUCGGGACGGGGCCGACCGAGGAUGUCGGUCUACCACCACCGCCAAUGGUAACCAGUCCAACUAGUGACUGGUAUUUGCCGCCCCCAGAGCUCGGAACCACACUGCUUGCAGAGUUCUUGACAGACCUGAACACCGCCUAUCCGCUAUACCAACCACAUGUCAUCGCCGACCACCUCCGAACAUGCUAUGCGGGGCUGCCUGAUGACUCGGCAAUCGCUUGGACGAGUGCGUACAUUGUCUUUGGUAUGGCACAUCAUAUGCGUGGCAUGAGCGCAGCUGGUGCCAGCCAUAAUAUGGAAAUGGCUCAAUACUACCUUGCUCGCGCCUAUUCUACGCUCGACACCCUUCUCGCAGCGCCGCCUUCGUUGGGACAAGUCCAAUGCCUAGUCGGAAUUGCACUACUCAUUGUCGCCAGCCCAUCCGGUCAUAAGAAGACAGCGGGACAAUUCGUCUCCACUGCCCUCCGCGUCAUUAGAAGCCUAGCCAACGAAGGCAAGAGAAGCAAUCCGACGGCGCAGGAGAUAAGUGACGGCGCACAACAGCGUCGUGUUUUCUGGAUCUGCUUCACCAACGACAUCAGUCUGAGCAUCUUGAGCAAUACGCAACCAACACACCAGCUUCAAGACGUAGCCAACUGCUCCGACUUUGUAGCAGACGAGCUUGGUGCGCUCACUGCGACCGAGGGUACCUGGCGAGCGCAUAUCUUCUGGCUCUUCACAAGGAUAGCCUUACUCCAGACCGAAGCCAUUGAUCAGGUGCUCUCUCGCAAGACAUGUAAUACAACUCCGCUGGACCUCAGCGCUGCUACAGCUAUCGUGCUCGCACGCUUGCAGGCCUUUCACGAGCAGCAUCACAUCUUUCAUCUGUCUGCUGUUCAGCUGGAACAGAUACUGUAUCCAGCAGACAUCUGCCAUUGUGUUGCACUGGAGGCUUACUACUUCGGAACUGUAUAUCGACUACAUGCGUUCAUGGCGAUAGACAUGAGUUCGGAGACCAAUCCCUUCGAGCUGGACGGCUUGAUCAGGAUGUCGAAGAUGAAGCAACACAAAACAUAUCUGGAGGCGCGAAGGCUGUUGAGUCUGUUACCAGUAGCACCCCGGGGUAACGUUGCUUUGUACUGCGUCCAAGUCGACGUUGGCCUCGGCUACAACAGCUACUAA